CUCCCAGACGGGCGGCGGCGCCGGCUGCAAGCUGCACACCGAAAGGGCGCCCACCGCUCAGACGAGCUGCAGCACGACCGCUCCCCGUGGGUGGGCGGGGUCCGCGCAACGGCCGCCGCCGCGCUCCGGCCGGGGCUGCCGCUAGAGGCGGCGGCGGCGGCGGCGGCACCGGCCCCGGCAGCGCCUCCACGCGCAGCUCGCAGCCCCGGCCAUGGGGCUGGGCGGGCCCGCGGCUCGGCCGAGUUGAAGCGGCGGCGCCGGCCCGCGCGCCCCUUGGGGCCGCCCCCGCACCCCGCUCGCCGGCGUCUGGCUCUCAUGAUGAUGAAGAAGAAGAAGUUUAAGUUUAAGGUGGACUUCGAGCUCGAGGAGCUCUCCUCGGUGCCCUUCGUCAACGGGGUCCUCUUCUGCAAGAUGCGGCUGCUGGACGGCGGCAGCUUCACCGCCGAGUCCCCCAGGGAGGUGGUGCAAGCAAACUGUGUUCACUGGAGAAAGAAGUUCUCAUUUAUGUGCAAAAUGAGUGCAAGUGCCACCACAGGCAUCCUAGACCCUUGUAUCUACAGAGUAUCUGUGAGGAAGGAAUUAAAAGGUGGGAAAGCUUAUGCAAAGCUGGGCUUUGCAGAUCUAAACCUGGCAGAGUUUGCUGGAUCAGGAAAUACCACUCGUCGCUGUUUACUGGAAGGCUAUGAUACCAAAAAUACAAGACAGGAUAAUUCCAUUCUUAAAGUUUUAAUCAGUAUGCAACUGAUGUCUGGUGACCCAUGUUUUAAAACGCCUCCUUCUACAUCAACGUCUAUACCAAUUGCUGGUGAAUCUGAAUCUCUGGAAGAAGAUAGAAAAGGUGGAGAGACUCUCAAAAUUCAUCUUGGGAUAGCAGAUCUCUCAGCAAAGAGUGCCUCUGUUCCAGAUGAACUUGGUGCCUGUGGACAUUCUAGAACAUCAAGCUAUGCAAGCCAGCAGUCAAAAGUAUCAGGGUAUAGCUCUUGCCACUCCCGGUCAUCUAGUUUCUCUGAGUUCUGCCACAGGAGAAAUACCUCAGUGGGAAGUACAUCAACAGGAAUUGAAAGUAUUCUAGAGCCAUGUGAUGAAAUUGAGCAAAAGAUAGCUGGACCAAGUCUUGAUACAGCUGAUAAAGAAGAUACAGCUUCGGAAACACUCAACAGAUGCCCAGUGAAACAAGAUUCUGUAGAAUCUCAGCUGAAGCGAGUUGAUGACACCAGAGUGGAUGCAGAUGAUAUUGUGGAGAAAAUAUUACAAAGUCAAGACUUCAGCCUAGAUUCCAGUGCAGAAGAAGAAGGACUGAGGUUAUUUGUGGGUCCUGGGGGAAGUACAACCUUUGGCAGUCAUCAUCUUCCAAACAGGGUGGGGUCUGGAGCUUAUGAACAAGUUGUGAUCAAACGCUAGAAAUCAAGCUGGUGAACUGAAGCUUCCCUAGGGGUUUAAGAUGUGGUCAGUUGAGCUGUCAAGGCACUUUAUUCAAGCACCUAUGAGAAAGUGAACCUAUUAAAAAAAAAUGCGGCAUGUUCAUCUAUCAAGAAGAAAGCCAACACUGAUUUCUUCUCUGAAGGUGCCCACCACUCUCCUUUCUCACCCACCCACAGGGAACAUCGGAAUGGUAGUAUCAGGGCAGUGUGCCACGUGUGCUUAUAGGUACACAGCUUCUGUGGUCACUGCACAUAAUAAUGAAAAGCCUUCUUUUUUUUUUUCAAAACAUCCAGUGGGAAAAACGGCACUAUACAUCUGAGUAUAAUUUUAAUGUUGAAGUGUAAAACAUGUGACAGAAGUGCUUGACUGAUUUGGGCUCUAAUUUUUUAAUUUUAUGUUUGAGAGACAAUAAGUGAAAAUAAUUUAAACUCUAUAAGCUUUGCCAAGAAUAGAUAUAAUUCCUGUGAAGGAAAUCUUCCAUAUUAUACUAUCACGGUAUUGUACUAAGUUCAUUCACUCUUUUUGAUGCAAUAUUUGAUAUAAAAUGUGGGUGUUCGUGAUUUGGGAAGGUGUUAUACUACAUUUUAAACAUGUAAAAUGCUUAAUUCUAAAUGUAUUAGUCAUAAAUUGAAUAACAAAUGUGAGUUAUUUAAGUCUGAGAUAUGUGAAUGGGUAUAAUGCUAUUAUUAUGCAGUAUGUAUCAUUACUUGUUAAUAUUAGAUGAACUACAGAACUCCCACUAGCACUAUAUGAGAGACCGAAGUUUAAGACUCCAUAUUGUUAGGCUACCAUAAGACACCCUAAUGUAAGAGCUCUGUUAACAGAAUAAUAUCUGAUGGUUUCAGGAGUCAAAAUUUAAAACAACAGGAGGAAAAUUGUGAUAUGGUCAGAAACAGAGCUGCCUUUUCUCUGUAAGUUCAGGCUUACAUGAAACUGAAAAUUAUUCCAAGGAGGUGGUGGAUAAAGGACAGGGGACAGCCACUUGACAUCACUGACAUGGACCCAUGGUUUUCUGUUUUCUUCUUUACUGUAUCAGAAAUUAGUUAUUUUGAGGCAAGAAUAGAAUAUAACAUACAUCAAAUAGAGCUUUUAAAAUAAGAAUAUCUGAUCUGGAUCCAGUUAAAUAGCACAGCAGAUAAACCUUAAGAGUUUUUCUGGUCUUACAUGACAGUGUCUGUAUGGAAAGAUCUUAAUUUUCUUGGAAUCACUCAGUCACUGAAGAAAAAUAUUGAUUCUGUAGAACCAGUCAUUCCCAGUCCUUACUUUCAAAACCAUGUCCAAGAAAUGUGCUGUGUUAGAAUUACUUUGGUCUAAUAUUUCCAUGUUGGCAAAGUCAGAGGGAAAAAUAUAUUAUUUUUUUUAAUUUAUUUUUAAUAUCCAGAUUUAGAGGUUUGAAAAUUUUUGAAUAGUUCAUGUUAGGGUUUUUUUUUUUAAUAUUUCAAGGAUUGGGUAUUCCAAAUUAAUUCAAUACUAGUUUUAUAAAUAGAUUCUGAUAUUUUUUUAAAGAGAUAACACCCCGUUUUAGAAUAUCUUGAAUGUUGAAAGAUAGGAUUUUCUGACUCAUUAGUCAUGCUUUUUUAUUUUUUAAGAUUUGUUUUGAAGAAAAAAAAUUGACCUGAACAUUUUAGUCUAACCAAGGAAAAUAUUACCUUAAUGGUAAAGACAUGCCGUCUGCGAAUAAACAGGUGAAUUGAUCCAUUCGUUAUAUAUCAUGGGAAGAAAAAAACAAUCAAAGAAAGUUUUUAAUAGAGAUGUGAAGAUAUUGUUUAGAGAGAUAUUUAUUAUGAUGUCUUAAAAACAUAUUUUUCUAUUUUCAAAGUAUUAUUUCUAAGCUAUGUUUUUUAUUGGCACUUCUGCAGAUGAUUUUGCAGUUUUGAAAGUGAUAAUAAAAACUAGAUUGUAAGUUAGGUUCAGUGAGGACAUUUUUCAGAUAUGUAAAAGAUGCUGUGAUUAGGGCACUGCCCACAUCUUACUCAUCCUUGGCUGCCCUUGGCCCAAUACCUUUAUACAAGACUGGCUCUUGGUAUUUAAGAUGAUAUAGCAUUAUUUUUUAAGAACAAAAUGUGGAGAGAUUUUGAAAAUCGUGCCUUUACAAUUUGAGCAGCCACCAGAUACAUCUUGCUUAAGGUACUAGUAAGUAUAACAUAUGUUUUGAUAAGUAGAAACAUUAGGAAGAAAAAAGAUGACAGUGUCCGCUUUCUUCAGUGAAAGUCUGGAUUUAUUUUAUUCUAUUUUGUGUUCUAUCAUAAUACUUUGCAAUCAGAUUUCAUUACAGUCCUUGAAAAUAUUUGUUAAAGGACCUAAGUGUCUUACUUUCUAGUUUUUCUUAGAGUAUAUACUAGUAAUAUCUUAACCAUAUAGCUAUUGAAAAAAAUCUGCUUAUUAAAUACCAAGUCUACUUUUGGUUCCAUUUUGAGUUUCAAAAAUAAAUCUGAAAAAUUAAAUCUUAAUAAAUUUUCAACUUUUAAAUAUUAAAUAUUUUAUUUUUUUAAUAUUAAAGUCGAAUUUUAAAUCACCUAGUCCUGGAGAAUUUGCAGAUAUAUAACAUUUUCUUUUUCUAAUCUUACCCUAGAGAAAAAGAUUGAUGGUAUUUUUAAAGCUAAGUAUUUCUGAUCAGAUAAUGAAGUGUCUUAAAUACCUUGUUUGGGGGAAACACAGAGACCAGUCAGGAGCCCACUUCCUGUGACUUGUGCUGGUGACCAAGACUAGAGAGGAUGUGAAGGGUAGCAGAGGGCAGAGAAGGCCCUGGGCCAUUAAUUUACACUCUGAUGGUUGACUCCCCCUUUGCGAUGGUGGUGGUGAAGGCUUCUGUAUACAGACAACUAAUUUGGACUGGUACUUAUAAUCUGAGAAAGUCUUGGCCAAGAAUCCUAAAGUCCACCAACCCAUUUCAGCAAAAUACUAUCAGAGUAAUGAUGUCCUAACUAGAUUCUUCUGUAUAUGUGCUUUUUGGUUUUUUAAAUGGAAACCGUGAGCCACAGAGGUCCACCACUUAGCCCAUUUGUUGCUAGAAGGGAAAAAAAUCUCCUACUAGCCUCCAGUCACCCACACAUUCAGGUAUCAAUGAGUUUUAAUAUAUUAAAACAUCCAGAAGUAUUUUUAGAAUUUAAGAUUUCCAUGCUAACUAGACUACCUUACAAGUUCAAGCUGAUGGUAUUAUUAAAUACUUCGUUGAAGUUCUCUGAAGUGUUAGGCUUCCAUUAUAUAUGAUAAUGCUCUAAAAGAUACUGGGCUUAUAUGACAGGGUUGCAUUUUAUUUUAACAGACCUUUAACUGGGGCAGUUCAGAAAUUAUGCUUGGUCAGUUCUCUUGGAUGGUAUGUCAUGUUAAUGUAACCUAGUACUGUAGUUGAAAUUGUGUUGUGCCGUUACCCAUGUGUUGGCUUAGGUACUGUACAUAGUCUUAAUAGCUGAGAUGUUAAAGAAGAUGAAGUCUAAAAAUACAAAGGAUGAAACAUGCCUAUAUUAACCUGUUUUAAGACUGCUUUAGAUAUAAAGGCCUUAUUCCCUUAUAUAUGUGACUUUUCAGAAGAUAGUAUAUACACAGUAUAUUUUAAAUGGUCAUGUGGGUGGUCUCUAGCUACUCUCCAUAUGACAAAACUGGCAAAAUUUUUUAUUUCCGUGGACAACAAACUCCACAUUUACAAAUGUUUAUGUUCAUCUUAUGCAUAUAACAAUGAAUUCUCUUGCUGAUAUUCAUUGACCAAAUCCCACAUACAGGAAGACAUUUACGGUAUAUUCAGUUUGUUUUUUUGGAAAUACAUCUUACUUGGGGGAUCACCUUCCUCUUAGGCAUUUAUUUGGUCCUCUGGAAAUUGAUACAGUUGUGGGUAAUCAUGUAAAUGUUUAUGAAAAAUUUUUUAUUGAAGUGAUUCCAUUAGUAUUCUAAUCUCUAAUACAUGGAGAAUGACCUUCAUAUUUAUAUAUUUCUUUAUUUUAACCUCCCAGCUAUUAAUCCAGGAAAUUUUUUCCUUUUCUUCGCCAAAUUUUUUUAUUGUAAAAUAUUUGAGUAAUGUAAAGGUGAAUCUUAUACAUGUUCAAUAAAAAUCAUAUCUUUAACUUUAGAA